CUGUGAGCCACCGUAUCAGUUGACAUGAGAUCUUUCAUGACAGUCACCUGACUAAAACAAAGUCAUGUUGCAAUUAGUGUUAGCCGUAAAUACUUGUGCAAGCUACAUACACAAUUAAUGAAUUAAAAACGUUCAAAGAACUUAUUUAGACUACCAGAGGGGAUGCCUUAUUGCGUAUUAUUCUGUGUGGGGAUGAUUUGUGGCUAACCCAGCUAGCUAGCAAAUGCUCUUCAGUUGUCUCUUCUGGAUUGUUUGGAGAAUACAGGGAUAAAAAUGCCUCAGUCAGCGGCUAUCAUCAGUGGGAUCCAGAGGAUGGUUUUGUAUGAAACCAGAGCCAGGUAUUUUUUGGUGGGGACCAAUCAGUCAGAGACCAAACACAGAGUCUUGAAGAUUGACCGCACCGAACCCAAGGACCUGGUCAUAAUUGACGAUAAGCAUGUGUACAGCCAGCAAGAGGUUCGGGAGUUGCUGGGCCGCCUGGACCUGGGCAACCGGACCAAGAUUGGCCAAAAGGGUUCCUCGGGCCUGUCCAGGGCUGUCUCCGCCUUUGGCAUUGUGGGGUUUGUACGUUUCCUCGAGGGCUACUACAUUGUGUUGAUCACCAAGCGCAGAAAGAUGGCUGACAUCGGUGGCCACUCCAUCUACAAAAUUGAAGACACCAGCAUGAUCUACAUCCCCAAUGACUCGGUCAGGGUUACACACCCUGAUGAAGCAAGAUAUGUGCGGAUCUUUCAGAACGUGGACCUAUCCAGCAACUUCUACUUCAGCUACAGCUAUGACCUGAGCCAUUCACUGCAGUACAACCUGACUUUGCUGCAGAGGCCUUAUGAACUGUGGUCUUCACCAACUUCCCCUGCUGAGGAAGAGGUUAACAAACAGAGCAAGCAGGACAGCUUCGACAUCUUUGAAGAUGAGGGUCUGCCUACGCAAGUGGUUUACGGCCUCCAGAGCGAGCCGUACUACAAGUACGUGUGGAACGGGAAGCUGCUGGAACGAGUCAAGGACAUAGUGCAUCAUGACUGGCUCAUGUAUAUAAUCCAUGGCUUUUGUGGCCAGUCCAAGCUGCUGAUCUACGGCCGACCGGUCCACAUCACCCUUUUUGCCAGGCGCUCCAGCAAAUUUGCCGGGACCCGCUUCCUCAAAAGAGGAGCCAACUGCGAGGGGGAUGUGGCUAAUGAGGUUGAGACAGAGCAGAUCGUCCAUGACGCCUCAGUUAUGUCUUUCGCAGCAGGAAGUUACUCCUCAUAUGUCCAGGUGCGAGGUUCAGUCCCGCUCUACUGGUCCCAGGACAUUUCCACUAUGAUGCCAAAACCCCCAAUACGAUUGGACCAAGCUGACCCAUACGCCCACGUAGCUGCCCUCCAUUUUGACCAGAUGCUGCAGCGGUUUGGCUCUCCUAUCAUCAUCCUCAACCUGGUCAAGAAACGGGAAAAGAGGAAACAUGAGAAGAUUCUGAGUGAAGAGCUUUACCCAGCUGUGAUCAACCUAAAUCAGUUCCUCCCUCCAGACAACUGCAUCGACUACAUCGCCUGGGACAUGGCCCGCUACACAAAGAGUAAGUUGUGCAACGUUCUGGACCGUCUAAGUAUGAUAGCAGAGAACGUGGUUAAGCGAACAGGUUUCUUCAUUAAUCGCUCCGACUUCUACUGUCACACCAUCAGACCAGAUGACAGGUGGGGAGAUUUAGGUGGACACAUCACAGCCAGUGGACGGGUGCAGACUGGUGUAUUGCGGACCAACUGUGUGGACUGUCUGGAUCGGACCAACACAGCCCAGUUCAUGGUGGGGAAGUGUGCGCUGGCCUAUCAGCUCUAUGCACUGGGAAUGAUUGACAAGCCCAAACUUCAGUUUGAUACCGACUGUGUGAGGUUGUUUGAGGAGCUGUAUGAGGACCAUGGAGACACUUUGUCGCUGCAGUACGGCGGCUCCCAGCUGGUCCACAGGGUCAAGACCUACCGCAAGAUCGCUCCCUGGACACAACACUCCAAAGACAUCAUGCAGACGCUGUCGCGCUACUACAGCAAUGCUUUCUCAGAUGCUGACAGACAGGAUGCCAUCAACCUAUUUCUCCAAGUCUACCAGCCAUCGGAGUCUAAGCCACACCUGUGGGAGCUGCCCACUGACUUCUACCUGCAUCAGAAGAACAGCAUGACCCUCCCCCAAGACAGACGCAGCUACACACUGUGGUGGUCACCAGGAAUCUUGUCCUACCUUCCUCUGGCCUAUGAUGAAGUCCCGUGUGAGGACAGCAUGAAAAAGGUCAAAGUGAAGAGAGUGAACCGCUUUGAGGAGAGUAUUGACAUCUACACAGAAUUCUUCAAACCUUAUGAACUUACUGCCUUUGAUGACACAUUCUGCAUCGCCAUGACCAACUCUGCAAGGGAAUUCAUGCCCAAGACCGUUGGAGUGGAUCCAAGCCCAUUCACAGUUCGCAAGCCAGAUGAAACAGGAAAAUCAGUGCUAGGCAACAAGAGCAGUAAGGAGGAGACACUGCUACAGAGGAAGACUGCAGCCAGCGCCCCUCCUCCCCCGAGUGAGGAGGCCAUUAGCAGCACAUCAGAGGACGACUCCGAGGAGGACCGCGAUGACGACGGAUCCGUUUCCCAGCGCUCUACCCCGAUCAAACUGCUAACAGAGUCUGGCGAAAGCAAUCGCACACAGGAGGAGAUCCAGCAGCAGUCAGUUAAGGAGCCCUAUGGACUCAAUCUGUCUGAGUUUCCUGCUGAGAAAGACUUGCACAUUUAUGAAAGGUUUGCACAUCUGGGCGAGAGCCAGCACAGGGUGGAAAGAACCGAACACAUAAACCUGGCAAACAUCAUCUGCUUAGAGCCCGUGUCCUGCUUCCCAGAGGACAGCAUCUAUGGCGUUUCUCCCCCGCAGGUCGACAGAGAAAGCCGCGAGGAGUUUGAGAGCCAUGUGAUGACCGGUCAGGGUCAGGUGAGGGUGCUGUGCAGGGACGACAUGUUGAUGUACAGGGAGUACGUCAAGAACAGAUAUAUGUGAGACACAGACAUCAAGAACUGGAUCUCUGUUACCGAUGUGCAAAUCCAGAUUAUCAGAUCCAAUGCUGGGAGUAUACUGUCCAUAAUGUUGUAUUUACAACCCAUGUGUCCUGAAUUUGGACUCAACUAUGCGGGUUGAUUUAUUUUUAUUUUUUAACUAAGUCAUGUGUGUGUUUUACAGUCAUAGCUUCAAAUGUUAUUCAGUUAUGUCAGUUUUGUUUUUAUUCAUUCAGACAUGCCUCAACAGGCUACCUAUAUGGUGCUUUUUAUUUGUUCUGUGUUUUUUUCCAUUUAAAUUUAGAUUGAAACUCUUUUAAUUAAAUUUAUUUAACUAAAUGUUUGUUUUGAAUGUGUAAAUUUAUAAAAAUGUUGACUCUUAAAGGUCCCAUAUUAUGCUAAUUUUCAGGUUCAUACAUAUUUUGGGUUUCUACUAAAAGUAGUUUAAGUGCUUUUAUGUUCAAAUAUUUGAAUAUACCUGUAUUUAACCUCUUUUUGAAAUUCUCUGUUUUAGCGCCUGUCUCUUUAAGCCCCCCUCUCAAAAAAACUCUCGGUGUCUCUGCACCAUCAUUGCAGCCGGGGCAUGACUGUAACACCACAGUAGCAGCACUUUCCACCUACAUAUAGUAUAUUAUAGUUGUGACAUCACAAUCGUACGGAAGUCCUGACGGCUCGUUUAUAGGCACAGUUUCUGAAUAUGGGCUGUGUGCAUUUCUCUAUGGAUUGAGCAUUUUGAUACUUUCACAGUAUUUAUAUAGCACCUCAACCUGCUUUAUAAUAAAAAGGCAUGAUAUAAUUUUUUUUACAAUAUGGGAUCUUUAAGUAUUUUGAAUCUUAAAUGUUAUUAACAAUAUUAUUAUAUAACAUAAUUACUAAGAUGGCAGGCCCAGAGAUUAUGAUGACUGAUUCUUUAAAUUGCACAUCAGAUGUGCUUUGAGUUUUGAUCUUUGUUUUUAAUUUAUUCUGUUUAAUUAAUUUUAUUCUGUUCAUUGUGCCAUGACGGGGAUAUACAUUGUUUUCCCUAAAUUGCUCUCAAAAAACUAUUUGAAACAAUUGGCUUGCAUAACGUAAGUCAUGUACUGUAAAUGUAUAUCCAGGUUGUUUGCCUUUUUUCUCACAUCACUGAUACUUUGAUAUUGUGGGUUUUAUCAAACCUCAUUCUUAGUUUGCAUAGCUGCACACCGAUUUUGUUUUGUCUAAAUGCAUUUAUUUAAUUAUGACCGGUAGUUCUAAAUUAAACAUGUAUUUACAGUAUAAACAUGAUGUGACAUUUGAUUGAUUGAUUCUACACUGUCCUUUUCCCUGUUCGCUCCUCUUCAUAUAUGUCUGUGCUCUAUUGUUCACAAAAAAUGAUUAUUAAUCCUUUCAUGCGGCUUCUGUAAGUGUUCUUCAUCCCUCCCACUCUCUACUACUGUCUGUCACAUUUCUUUUUCAUCUAUUUUACUUAA